CAGUCGCCAGGUGAGCCAACGACAGUGCACGCGACCGUGGUCGGCCCAGUCCGACAUACACAUCACGGCACCGCUUAUAAACCUCUCCGUCGAACUUUUAACACAUUUCAUAUAUAUCUAUAUAUGUAUUUGUAUAUAUGUUUAUUCGCAUAUAUAUGGAUGUAUAUGCGCGAACGGUAUUUUUGUUAGAAAACUAAAUGAAAAUUCUUCGUCUGCUCGAAAUCGCAUCAACGAAAGGAAACCCACAAUUUGUAUUCCCGUGAGCACGAUGAUGACGAUGGAAUAAAGAAUUGAACGAUUCCGCGACCAAAUCUACACGCGUUCGUCUAUCGAAUUACGGAAAAUUCUGUUCAGCGAUAUAGUGUUGCUCCGACAGUUUUUCAUCUAAUACUACGGAGAUUCUUUCGAUUCUCCGCUCGUUGGUUCGGUGUCGAGAGUGCAAAAAGUGCGGAGAUUCGGCAGCAGGGAGAAAAACAAGUGCGUGCGAAAGUAAGGCUCCGUUUUUAAAAUACGGAUCGCACAUCCGCGAAGGCUUACUCGUGAUUUUCAUUCAUUUUAAGGAACCGAAAAAAUAAUCGUCGUGAGAAAAACACGCGCAUGGGAAGGAAAAUGUAUCGUCGUUCGAAAGCGAUAGAGGCAUGGUGAGCACGCGAGUUCUCGCAAACUUAUCGCGCGGUCUGUGGUGCUCUUCCUUCCCUCUCGUUUUCUGACUUUGAAUUCGCGAAAGUUCGUUCUUAUGGAUAGAACAGAAGAUUGAUAUUUGUCGAUGUAUUCGGAUAUUUUCACGACUGAAUAAACGUUCCUUUUUUAUAUUUGAAAUACGUAGCUUUAGUGAGCUGCUCCGGUGUGUUGAAAACGGAGGUUCGGAGUUCCUUACAUUGUUACACAGUUCGUUUUCCUCUCGCUGUUUCAACGCGAGACAGUGAGCGUGUGAAUAUCGACAGAUUGAAACAUACAACCACGUUCCGGGGUUAUCAUUCGUGUCGAUUCCGUCGUUCUUGUUUUUUUCUUCUCCCUUCGUUCCUUUUCUUUGCGGAUUUUCGUUAACGGCGCCGCCUCGUGCGACCGGAAAAAAAUUUGACGAAAAAAUGCAGAUGAUGGGCGGAAAGGGCCCGACUCAUCUUGUUGCCCUUUACGUGGCAACGGCUGGACUUCAAGGGAAUGCGCUCGGAUCCGACGAAGAGGAAAUCACGUAUCUCGCCUAUGUGCUCAUCGACGCGCUUCAAAAUAAGGUUAUGGGAUGGCAGCAAUACGUUGUGAAACCAGCGGCGAUGGAUCGUGGGGUCGAUGGCGCUGACACUAACGCCAUACCGGCCGGAAGCAGCGGCGUUUUGUCCGAAACUGCACUCGCCCAUGCUCCUGCCCUUACCGAAGAGUUCAUUCGAGAAAACGGAGUUUCCUUGGAACAGGCGAUACGUCAGUUCGAAACAUGGUGGUCGACGCUAACGUGCGUUUCCGCGGGAAGUUCACCUCGAUUCGUCGUCGAUGGCCAAGCCCCCUUGAGACAGUGUCUACAUCCCGAAAGUUUCAACAAAUACCUCGAUCUUCCUGAUCACUAUUCGACGUUUCACGAUCUUAGAAAGGAAUUCACGACUUGUUACUCCUCGCAAGAAGAAUUGUCGAGUCUCAGCGUUUGUGAAAUGAUUGAAUACUUUGGCUUAUCGCCUGACACUGAGAACGUAUUUCACAUUAAGGAGAUUCAGGACAUGGUCAACGUUAUACAGAGGAUGAUCAAGGAUGGACACGUUUUUCAGACACCAGAAGUGAUAAAUCUUGUCUUAGAACCCGGCAUAUGCUCAAAGGAUGAGGAAGUAGACAACAAUUGUGUGGUCAGAGCACGAGGACUCCCUUGGCAGUCGUCCGAUCAGGACACGGCCAAGUUCUUCCGAGGACUGAAUGUUGCCAAGGGUGGCGUUGCCCUGUGUCUGAGUCAUCAGGGUCGACGAAACGGUGAAGCAUUGGUGCGUUUUGUAAGCAAAGAACACAGAGACAUGGCGCUGAAAAGGCACAAGCAUCACAUUGGUACGCGUUACAUCGAAGUUUACAAAGCAUCAGGCGAGGAAUUCGUCCGUGUCGCCGGUGGCGCCAGCGGAGAGGCUCACGCUUUUCUCUCACGGGGAGCACAAGUUAUUGUGCGAAUGAGAGGGCUGCCCUACGAUUGCGUCGCCAAACAAGUUAUCGAUUUCUUCCUCGCAGGACAAAAACCGUGCCACGUUUUUGACAACGAGGACGGUGUGCUGUUUGUUAAAAAACCCGAUGGCCGAGCGACCGGUGAUGCAUUCGUUUUAUUCGCCAAAGAGGAAGAUGCGACAAAAGCACUUAGCAAACAUCGAGAAUCUAUUGGCACCCGAUACAUCGAAUUAUUCCGUAGUACGACGGCGGAGGUGCAACAAGUUUUGAAUAGGGCAAUCGAUCCAAAGACGUAUGAAACCAUCCAACCGAUAUUACCAAUUCCACUGCUGCCUCAGCAUAUAAUCACGUCAGGGACUCGUAAGGACUGUGUGCGAUUACGAGGCCUACCCUACGAGGCUCUGGUCGAGCAUAUUUUGGAGUUCAUGGGAGAGCACUCGAAAAACAUCGUCUAUCAAGGAGUUCACAUGGUUUACAACGCUCAAGGUCAACCUUCGGGUGAGGCGUUCAUUCAAAUGGACAGCGAAAAUUCGGCGUUCGCAUGUGCAACGCAGCGUCAUCACCGUUAUAUGAUAUUUGGAAAGAAGCAGCGUUACAUCGAGGUUUUCCAAUGCAGUGGCGAAGACAUGAAUGUCGUAUUAACGGGAGCGCAACCACCAGCCGCGAAGUCACUUCUGUCACCCGGUACGUUGACCACUCACACACCCGCGGCUCUAGCUCAUCCGCCACCACCGCCGCCACAGGCGAGCCUACCAGUACAAAAUCCACAGCCCCAUCUGUGGGACAUUCACGCACUCGUGCAAGCACAGGCGCAGGCACAUGCUCAGGCACAAGCUCAGGCUCAAGCUCAGGCGAUCAGAAAUCAGGACUUUUUCCUCAUGGCACUCGCGGCUAAUCCGGCUCAAAAUUCCUCCGGAGCUGUUACCCCCGGUCCUGUUACUUCGAGCAAAGCUCUCGCUCUUCCACCUCCACCCCGGCCCCAACAGCAUCAAUUGUCGAAUUAUACGAUGGCCGCCCAACACCAUCCAUCAGCUCUGCAUCAGCAAAACCCUCACGCUCCUUUCUUGUUGUUCAACAUGCCGUCUGCUCGAAUUCCUAUUCUUCGUGCACCACCUACGCAUCAUCCUGGACUUCUCCCUCCUAUCGUUCAACCUGCACAAAUCAAUCCAGCCGCUCUCAUGGGUCUCAAACGAUCUUGGGAAAGCGCCUUCCCCACUGAAGCUGUUGGUACUUUACCCAAACGACCAACUUGGCAGACACCUGCUGCUGCUGCUUUCCAGCCCGGACCACCUACCAAUCCUGCCUUAGCUUAUCCCGCUCAAUUUUAUCCACAAAUAUGAAUCCCGCCCGCGCAGUCUUUACCUCCUAAGACGUGACCCUUAAUUCCUAAUGCCAGCUCUUCUAUCGAACGACAAUUACUCAAUGGCGCUAAUCGAGGAGUAGAUCAUUUUUGUAUUUUUGUAUAUCGCGUAUAAAAGUUGAUUUUUUUUAGAUAGCUCUGAUCAGAGUUAGUGUUGCAGCUACUGAUAAUAUCGGUUUAUCGAUCGCAAUAGAAAUACGGGCGAUAUAUCGGAAAAUGAGCACAAUAAUUUCAGCGUCUUCACUGAAGAUUCAAUUUUCGGUUGUACCUCAAAGAAACAGAAAGACUCGUUGCAGUAAUUGAAAAUCAACGAGUCAGCAGAGGCGGAAAAACGUUGGGACGUUAAAAAGACUCAAUUGAAUUAUCGUGUGAUCUUCAAAUAUUCUCUUAAAGGGUAUGUUCUUCCACGAAAUUGAGAACGAAAAAUUGAUAGUAAGGGCCCAAGAGCAGAAUCUUUUGAGUCUAUUGUUUUUGUUGAAUAUAAUCGAAUUUUUUCAAUAAGAAAUUGUUCAAAAAAAGGAUUAGGCACAUUUGUUGAAAGCGAAAUAUUAUCGUUUCAUUACGUAGCAGUUCCAGCCACAAAUAAUUGUUUUAUUCUCAAUGGGGGUUGGAAAAAAAAAUCGAUUGAGUAGUAGAAGUAUUUGAUGUAAUGGAAAAAUUCGAUCAAGUCGAAAAUUUCGUAAUCAGUAGUUUUUCUUCAGACGGUAAUUCGUUUUUUUCGGACAUCUUAAAGUAAGGAACGAAGACAGUUGAAUGAGUCAAUUUUUUUUCUAAUAUACGUUCGAAUUUUCUUAAAGAUCAUUCCCCGCCUCAAAUGGACUCCGAUCUAAUAAGAACCUCAAGAAUGGCUAAACAAACAAAUGCAAGGAUUUGAAGGUCCUUUUCGUAACAUGUUUUCUGGUACUCAAUUUCCACGACUGUAGAAAAUAGAAAACAAUAGUUCGAUUAAAGUACAAUGACCUUCUUAACUUUUCGAAUAGAGCAAGACCAUUUCGAUAGAAAGAAAAUUGCAAAAGCGGUCAAGUAGUCGUAAAUAAAGUUUACUGAGUAUAAUUGAGUUCCCAGAGAUACGAGGAACUGAAGCUUAACGUUAAAUUUAUUUUAUAUUCGCUUCGAUGUACGAAGUCAUAAAACAGCCUGAGAAAAGUGCCUUGGGUUAUUUAGCUCCAACACAAAACUCAAAUUAACGUGUGGUGAUAACAAAAGAGUACUUAGAACCAACUGAUAUAAGCGGUACUAUAUAAUUCAAAAAAUAUUCUUCAUAAUAAUCAUCAAUCAAGUGAACUUGGACGAUAAUGCGAAUUCACGAGGAGCGUCAAAUUUUUUCUAAUUACACGAAUUUCCGUGCUUUUUCAAUAUAUGCUGAAUUGAAAAGAAUGAAAAAAUGAUAGAAACGGAACCUCAUCAGUGCCUUAUGAUAGGUAAAAAUCGGUAAAUUCAAAUUCUCACGAAUAAAUACAGAGGAAAUAUCAAACGGUGUAUAUAGUGUUUUCAUAACGUAAUCGCAAUUGAUAUAUACGGAUAUAUGAUGAUACAUAGAAAUUAUAUAUAUUUUGAUAGACUUUUUCCAUCGGUCAAUAUCUUAGCUAAGUUUAGGAGACUGGUUUCCGCGUUAAAUGGAAAUUUGUCGUACAAUUAAAAUAAUGUUUUUCGUAAAAACUUUUUUCCACGCGACAAAAAAAAAUAUUUAUGUAUAAUUAUAUAGCAACAUUUUUUCUUCGUAAUUGUAAACUCUGUUUCGUACAAAACGUUCUCGUAAUGGGGUCGAUCGAGUCUUUCCUAAAUUCCCGAUAUCUUCCAUUUUCUAUACAUUCCCACCGCCAGAGACUGAGCCUAAGGUCGUGAAUGAGCAUUUAAACGAGGUGCCUGUAAUGUUUUUUCAUAGUUCAUAUCCACUAAUUCAUAGUGUGCGAAUUAAUUAUAAUAUUUGCUCACAUUUCAUAUAAACUUUUAUAGAAUUGCAAAUAGAAUCAUGAAUUUUCGACGAGUUUCAAGCUCGUCGAGGUGAGAAGCCCCGAAAUCACGUCAAUUCGAUCAAUCAUGUUGGCUAAUCGAUCGCGUCGGCAGAUCUGACGACAAAGACUCCGCCCUUACCCCUUCAUUUCUUUGAUUUGAGAAUUUUAUUUUGCAAAUAUCAAAUCGACACAAUCGUAUUUGCUUCAUGAAAUUCAGGAAGAAAAUCUUAAAAACUUUCCAUAGGAAAAGUUAUUAUUGUUUUUCAAUCAAAGAUUCUUCAUAUUCAACUUUUUUCUUUUUCUCCUUCUCGCAAAUUUGGAAGCAUUUUCCAUUACAAUAGUACCCUCGAAUCCCAAACAACCUCAAAUCUUGCCAAUACUCUCUCUCUCAUUCUCAUUCUUAUGGAUGAAAUAUUGAGAGAAUAAUCUUUGAGCGAUUCGAGGCCUCGUAUUGAAAUUCCCGCGAGCAAGGAAGAGAAAGAAAAAAAAAUUGAUUGACAGAAAAAAAAUUGAUCCAUCGAUUUGGUUUGCAUGGAGUGGUUUGUGAAGGGACAUUAGACAUCAUUUAUUUGGAUACGAAAACAAUAACGAAAGGAAUUCGUCCUUAUACUAAUAUUGUUAUAAUUAUUGUUACAACUAUUACUAUAAUGAUGCUGUUUAUUAUUAUUAUAAUUAUUAUUAUUAUUAUAAAUACGAAAAGUCUCUCUCUUGUUAUAAUCGCGAUUAGCUUUCUUGAGCAAAUAACUGACGCGAUGAAGUACGAAUUCCUUGAUAACGGAGAUGAAACAAAGCUCCAUUGUGCGACUUGUCAAACGUUUUUUUUUCUUUUUCGAAUUAGCUUAAAGAAAAACAGAAUAAGAAUGAAAAUAUUAAAAAAAACUAACGUCUUCCACAACAAACUACGAUGACAGUUUGUCGAGAGAUACAAACAGGAGUAAAUGCGUAAAAAUUCAACGUUCCUUGGAACUUGUAACAAGAAGAUUUAUAUUCUUCGAGCUCGCUUUAUUUAUAGCAUGUAGGCAUUAUAGAUCUAAAACGGAAAAUAUGAGAUGGUAGAUUUUUCGGAUUUUGAUGAUUCAUUUUGUGCGAAGUUAUUGGUCGAUCUAUAAAAGUCAUGAAUAAACAGUAGAAAAACAGCAAAAAAAGUUCUCCGAAUACGAGAAAACUUAAUAUAAAUCUACCGCCUCACAUUUACUGUAGGGGUGCAUCUUGGAAUUUUCCCGUAGGGGGUGUUUAUCGGAGAUUUUGAAAUGUUUUUUUCGACAAGUUGGAAAACUCUACGUUCACAAAAACUAAGUGUUAUUAAUGAAAUAAAAUUAUAAAAAACAAUUCUGAACUCGAAGAAAACAUUUCAAAAUCAAAGUGUGGCAUCGGACAUUUUUUUUCCAAUUCUACUUUAUUAUUUAUAUAAUAAUGUAAGGGGUUAUUUCUUUUUUUUGGACAUUGGUAAGAUGCGCCCCGGAAAAUAUUUCGCGUGCACUACUGUGGUUUAAUCAAGCAUACAUAUACGUAUAUACAUUUUGAUUGAAAUAUACGCAAAUGUAUGUUUCCAUAAUUUCAUGAUACCGUUGGCUUUCGCUGGAUCCGAAUAUAUAAUGGGCAAAAUAUGCGUUAAGUACGAAAAAAACAAAAAAUACUUUUUCUGUAUGUACUUUCGUGCUAACUCGGACGAAAAAACAACAAUUACUUUCAUUGCAUUUAUACACAAGAUCGUGGAAGGCUAUGGUGGAUAAUUUGUCUGGUGUUGUGGAUGGCUAACACGUGGUGACUGACAGUGUCGUUUUGGUAUUCGAUUGUUUUUGUCUCCAUUUAGAACUUCGCUCUCUCUUUCAUUCUUCUUUUUUUUUCGAAUUCGAAAUACGUGUACGAUGCUGGAUCCUGUGACCUCGAUCCCCAAGGUCCUGAAAGUACUGCUGUGACAUUUUUUUUCGAUUUAUCUCACAAAACAUUCCCGUAGUCCAGAGCUUCCCAUAUCCGAGGUCUGAAACAGCUCUAAGAAAAUUUAGCAUUGUGAAGAAAUACUGAGCCACUCCAAAAUCACGAGAAUCUUACAUAUUAAAUUAAAAAUAGAUAUGAAAAUUUCCUGUCAUUUUUCUCCAGAUAUUUGAAGUUUAAAUUUAUUUAAAUUUUGCUGAAACUUGUGAAAAUCUAGUUUCAAAAAGAUUCAAUUCAUUUUGCAAUGGACGUUGUUCGUUCGUUAAGUACAAUUUGUAAACAUUGCGGAGUCGAUUGGAGCUCAAGCACUUGAAAUUGAAGUUAUGGCAUUCGAUGUAACAAUUGAAUUGAAUUCAAUUCAAAUGAGAAAAUUUUUCGUCGUCAUCCGUCGAUAAAUUUGUCCUAACAAUUUUCUGCUAAUUACAUUUCCGACUUUCGGGUGACUUCGUAUCCUUUACCAUACUCUAAUGCAUUCCAUAUCAGAAGAUUGUUAUUUUAAGCCUUAAUAUUAAUCACCAUUGCGGUACUCAACAAUCAUUUCCAGAAUCUAAAACAAGCGAUUCACGUCACCCGUUUAUUUAUGUUGCUCACGUUGCACAGAACUUUUUUUUUACCACGCGAUUAUCCAUCAAGCUAUAUAAAUUAGCGGCUUAUAACAGUCUUGUGUCCUCUGAUCUGAAUGAAAUAACGAAAAAAAAUCUUUUCUGCCUUUUGGCCCUAGCGAAAGCUAACCAGUCGCAAAGUCUCUCGUGAACAAGCACAGGGAACCGAACUUAAGUUAAAGGAACCCAUCUCGAAAGAUUGAAUGUUCCAUUACCAAUCUCAAGAGAUUUGUCUCUUUAAUUUGCCUUUUUUGUUGUACUGACUCAUUAUAGCCUUAUUAUGGGACAUAGGAAAUUCUAUCGUUCACACGAAAAAAAAACACUUACACGCGCACACACACAUCCAAGUGACACUUACACGAAACGAAAAACUACACAGUUUUUUACCUGUAUACUUUUCUGUAUAUCGAAGAUUAUAUAUUAUUAAUAAUUCAAUAAUCAUGUUAAAUAAAUGUACUCGUGUCUCGUGGA